ACGCUCUAACAGAAGUUUUCAAAACAAAGUAAGAUUGAAACGAUUUUAACGAUGGAUACAAAACUUUACGAUACUAUUUUGCCAAAACAUAAAAUGUUCGAGGAUAUAAAAGAAAGCCUGCAGGAGAAUACAGGUGCUAAGUUGUAUAAUUUUAUAGAAUUGAAAGAUGAUGUUCUUUAUAUUUGGAACUCUCUUGAGAAUUGCCUGUUUUGUCUUAAUCUAAAACAUUUGGAGGAACAUCCUGAUAACACACCGUACCAGCGUUUGCAGCUUCUAUCACCGCCGGAAUUCAGUGUGGAGCGCGUGAUGAGCAGCGCGUGUGGAGGCCGGCUAUGCGUGUACGGUGCUCGCGGCGCCACGCUAGUAGACCUGCCGGCACGAUGGGGUCGCGCUGGACUUUUUGAUAACGGCAACCAAACUGUACUCUGCAAAAGUGUCUCCCUGGACGAGAGGUUCCUGUUCUCCCAGGGUGAGAUCAGGCGCGUGCAGUGGCAUCCCAGUUCGCUCUCACACAUCCUCGUACUUAUGUCUGAUAACACUAUCAGAUUAUACAACAUAGCUUUGAAGUCUGGUCCGAAACUGGUCAAAUCCAUUCCUAUCGGACUGAAGCCGUCAAGCCAGCUGGCCGGGCGGACCAUACUGGACAGUCUGGGAGACACCGCCGUAGACUUGACACCUUUACCUAAUACGGAUUCCCUGCUCAUCUUACGAGGAGACGGCGAGGUGUAUAUGGUACAAUGCACCCUGGAUAGUAAAAGCCCCCUGCAGCCACGGCUCUGGGGUCCGUUGGCCAUCUACCCGCCUGCUGACGACAACUACGGCUCAGAGUCGUGCUCCAUCUGUGUGCUGGGUGCUGGAGAUACCCUGCUCGUCGUCAUUGCCACCUGCUCCGCCGCACUCUACCACUGCCUCCUGCUGCCUGCUCCUUCAGAAGAUGGCGAUGACCGAAGUGGUUACGCGCUGUACGUGGUAGAAUCAGUGGAGUUGAACCUGAACGUGAACUCUAACGACAGCGAAUUCUCUCACUCGUAUCCGGUGCAUCUGUACCCGUGUACACACAACACGUACGCGUGCGUGCACUCAGCCGGCGUGCACACUGUCUCCCUGCCCAUACUCGACAAACUCAAAGACUACGCUGCGGCUGAUCAAACGAACGCUGAGAGCGCGCUGUCAGCUAUCUGCACACACACCAGCUCCGCCCAGCACGUGGUGAGCUGGCGGCGAGCUGGCUGCGGCGCUGCACCACUGCGGGGACCGCCUCCGCUGCUGCUGCUGCUCGCACCUGACGGCGCACUCAUCUCCCGGAGCUUGGAGCCGUACGAGCUGGAGGAGAGGCUGUACCGCGAGAUCCAGCUGCGGAACCCCAACCUCGAGCCCGACGACCUCAACAAGCUGCUCAAGGAGAAGCAAAAGCUGUCGUUCGUGACAAUCAUCCAGGAGAUACUGGCGCGAGAGGCCUCGCAGCCUCUGCUGCAUCUGCGCACCCCAGCGCCCGACCAGCCCAGCCCCAAGGACUGUCUGGAGACGCUAACUCACGCGACGCUUGUCCUGCGCAAGGAGUACAUGAGCCGUCAGUCGCGCGCCGGCACCGCCCUCCUCCGCAAGUCUGCUGCUCUCCACAACCUCGCACACAACUUCCUCAACUGGAGGAGCAACAUCUCCGUUGAGAUGGAAGGUAUAGCGGAGCGCGGGCGACAGCUGCAGCAGAAGUGCGCGCUGGCUGAGCAGCAGCAGGAGGACCUCAAGAACAGAUGCGGGUCGGUGGUGCGUGCGGUGCGUGCGGGCAGUGCGGCGAGCUGCGGGGAGCGCGGCGUGUGCGCAGACCUGCAGCAGUACCGGCGCGCAGCAGACACCCUCGCCGCACAGAUACACCAGCUCGCCACACACGCGCGACACAAGGCUCACGAGCUGCGGCGCUGGCAGGAGGAGUACAAGCGCAAGGAGACGGCGCUCGGCAACACCCACAGCGACACCAUCUCCUCCGUGCUGCACCAACAGACGAGUCAAAUAUCAUCUCUGAUAGAAGAAACGAAACUCCUCAAGGAUCAGCUCAGCAUCGUGUGACUCCGCGCUUUAUUCUUAUCUUCAUUUAAAUUUAUCUCUUUAGCAAAUUAAAUCAAUGAGUAUUUACAAAGAAUUUGCUAAAACUAUUCAGAAAUAUAAAACAGUAUUAUAUUAUAAAAUGUUCACAUUCUUAUUGUGACAUUUUACACUUUAAUUUCAUCCCUCAGGGAAGAUUUUGCUUACU